GGAAGCGCUUUGGCGGCGGCGGAAAAGCGGCGCGUGCGGCCGGUUUUGUUUGCGGCUGGCCUCGCCGCCGGGGCUCGCACGCGCCUCCGGCGGGGGCCUCCGCUCGCCGUCCCGCCAUCGGCUCCAUGGCCUUCAACUUCAGCGCCACGGCAGGAGCCGGGGCCGCCAACCCGACCGGAUUUGGUGGGCUUGAAACUGCAAACUCCACUGCCAGUGGGUUUAAUUUUGGGGGUUUCGGAUUAACUGCUAAUCCCGCGGUGAAUUUUAAUAUUGGGAAUUUCGGUGUUUCCACUACCUCAACUCCACCAUUCAAUUUUGGUAACAGUCUGGCAAGCGCAGGUGCCUUCGGAGGCUUUGGCACGACCACCACCACCGCGGCGCCGGCGUUCAGCUUCUCUGCUCCCACCAACACCGGCACCAGCGGGCUCUUUGGUGCUACCCAGAACAAAGGCUUUGGAUUUGGUACCAGUUUUGGCACAGGAACUGGAACGGGCUUGGGUAGUGGGUUGGGAACUGGGCUGGGCUUCGGAGGCUUUGGAACCCAGCAGCAGCAGCAGCAGCAGCAGCAGCAGACCACGUUAGGCAGCGGGCUGUUCAACCAGCCUGCCCAGACACCCGCUCAGUCCAACCAGCUCAUCAACACAGCCAGCGCCCUCUCGGCCCCGACACUUUUGGGAGAUGAGAGGGACGCCAUUCUGGCCAAAUGGAACCAGCUGCAGGCCUUCUGGGGCACGGGCAAAGGGUACUUCAACAACAACAUCGCGCCGGUGGAGUUCACGCAGGAAAACCCCUUCUGCAGGUUUAAGGCUGUGGGUUACAGUUUAAUGCCCAACAACAAAGAUGAAGAUGGCCUCGUGGUCUUGGUGUUUAACAGAAAAGAAGCAGAUAUUCGAAGCCAGCAGCAGCAGCUCGUAGAAUCACUACACAAAAUUUUGGGAGGAAACCAGACCCUCGCUGUCAAUGUUGAAGGUGUUAGAACAAUGCCAGAUGACCAGACAGAAGUGAUCAUUUACGUUGUGGAGCGCUCGCCCAACGGCACCUCGAGGAGAGUUCCUGCAACGACCCUCUACGCCCACUUUGAGCAAGCCAACAUCAAAUCAUCCCUGCAGCAGCUGGGGGUCAGCCUGUCCAUGGCCAGGACGGAGCUGUCCCCAGCACAAGUCAAGCAGCUCCUGCAGAACCCUCCUGCCGGUGUUGAUCCUAUUAUAUGGGAACAAGCCAAAGUUGAUAAUCCUGAUCCUGAUAAGCUUAUUCCCGUGCCAAUGGUGGGUUUCAAGGAGCUGCUGAGAAGAUUGAAGGUCCAGGAUCAGAUGACCAAACAGCAUCAAACUCGAUUAGAUAUAAUAUCAGAAGAUAUCAGUGAGCUGCAGAAAAACCAAACGACAACUAUGGCAAAAAUUGCACAGUACAAAAGGAAAUUGAUGGCACUUUCGCACAGAACAUUGCAGGUGCUAAUAAAGCAGGAGAUCCAAAGGAAAAGCGGUUAUGCCAUUCAAGCAGAUGAGGAGCAGCUUCGUGUGCAGUUGGAUACAAUUCAGUGUGAACUUAAUGCACCCACGCAGUUCAAGGGCAGACUGAAUGAGCUCAUGUCCCAGAUCAGGAUGCAGAACCACUUUGGAACAGUGCGGGCAGAGGAGCGCUAUUACAUAGAUGCAGACCUCUUAAGGGAAAUCAAGCAACACCUGAAGCAGCAGCAAGAAGGGCUGGGUCACCUAAUCAGCAUCAUCAAGGAUGACUUAGAGGACAUCAAGCUAAUAGAACACGGGCUGAACGAGAGCAUUCCCAUCCGAGGGGGAGUCUUCAGUUGACUGGUGGAGGUUUACACAGAACACGGUAGUCGAGUUCAUGGCUCACCUUCCAAGGCUAAAACUGUUGAGGUAAAAUAAAACACACAUCUUGUAGGAGCAAAAUGGUAUUUUGUCUGUUACUUUUAGAAUUAGCAAAGCCUCUUCCAAGCUUUUCAAAUUGACCUUUGGAAGGUUUAUAUUUUAUAAAGCUGUAUAUGCUUUACCAAAAAAAGGAAAACUGAAUCUGUUCAGAUACCAUUUACUAUAAAACUAUAUGUACUAUUGUACAUUUUUCCUUUUUUUCUUUUUUA